AAGAUCGACUUCCGAUUCAACCAUUAUUUUUAAAAUUCCAUACUUCAUUCGAUUCCGCUGAACUGCAGUGAUUACUCUCACUUAUUUAUACUUGCAUUCAUUCUUAACUCAUUAUAUAGGCACUUCUUAAACAAAAAACAAACUUUAGAAGACAAAUAAAGAAAUUCUUUGUGCUUACCUAAAGAUUUAAAUUAUAAUUUGCUGCUGUAAUUAGUGAACCUUCCUUUGUAAUCAUAUAUUUUUAGCUCUACGUGAAGUGUAUUCACUUUUUUAGACAAGCUGUCAAAAUUUUCAUUUAAAAUAUUAGUUUUUCACCUGCUAGUGGCAAGUGAGCACUCUAUAAGAUAAGAGGGUUUUUAGAAAUGUUGGAGAGGCAACGAAGAUCCCAGAUGAGACUGGAUACCGCUGCACCUAUUGUAAACCGAACCACCACGAUGCGAAGAACCCGUCGAUUGAGCUUUAAUAUCGAAGCAAAUGGCUUUGUGGCGCCAAGGACUCGAAGAAGACGAAGAAGGGAUCCCUACUUUAUAACUUAUCCUCCGAUGUAUGACCCCAUGCAGAUGGGACACCAAUGGGGAUUCGAUUUCAGCACCAACGCAAUGCCCAAUGUUUAUGGAAAUAUAUUUCCGCCUUUCAACCGCUUAGAUGCGGGGGAAAGGUAUGAAUAUGAUACUGUAAGCUCACUUCCAACGGAAGAAACGUGCGAUACAACCAAACCGCAUGUUGCUCAUGAGAUCGGGGAUAUUUUACUGGGAUUAGAUAGCUUAUUGCAAGACAAAAAGGUCGAAAUACUGGAAGAAAAUCAUGAAAAGUCUAAUAACAGCGAGAAUAAUGAAGAUCAAACCUCUAGCUCUCAAGCGAACCAUCAUUCAGUUCUAACCGAUGUUAUGUGUGAAGCAAUUGACCGGAUAAACAACUAUAUAGGCAAUUAUUUAAAGCAGCAGGAGAUGCAGGCUAGCCUUAAUCAAAUGAACAUGUUUCAUGGCAAACUACCAGCGAUCCAGGUGUUGCAGCUGCCUGUCCAACCGCUGAUCGUUCAAUCGGUUCCACCGUGUCCAUCCUUCGAUAACUAUAACUAUCCCCUUCCAGAAAAUUAUAUUCAAAAGAAAUCCCAUCUCGAACGUUUGCCUUGGUUAAAGGAGCGAAAACGAAAACGUCUGUCAAAGUCCACUACCUACGUACAUAUGCAGAAUCAAGGAAGUAGUACAGAGGAUCUGUCAAAGAUCUUGGAAGCACCAAGCAUCAGAAGUAAGCUCACAGAAAUCCAACAAACAUCCAAAAAGGAUGCUGGCACAACCAUGUGGUGUCCAAGGGAAUGCUGUAGAGAUCAGUGCGGCGCACUUAGAAGCCAGGAGGUCUAUUCAUUGGGGCAGGAAAACGAAGAAACUGCAAAUUCCCUGACAUCAACUGGAUAUCCUCCUCCAUGUCUCAAGGCCCCACCACCGAGUAUUAAAUCAGAUGAAGAAGGGGACGAUCGCGGGGAGUAUUAUCAUCCUACUGGGGAAUCCAUGUACUUGCUUGAUUCCCCUCAAACAUCAAGCUACAGAUCUAGCUGCGAUUAUCGUCAAGGAGGAGGAAACCUUACUUAUUCCUACAUGGAGGAAGAGGAGCAGGUGGACGAUGAUGACUGGUAUCGAAGUGCGAGCAAUAAGCUAGCUGAGCUGGAAGUGGAACAGGACUACUUUAAGGAAUUGGAGAAGGAAAUGCUAACGACUUCGGAAGAUCAAACCCAUCGAACUGACCCUGAACCCAACACUGAAAAUAGUUUUGUAAAUAUCAUAGCCACCAGCGAUAUGGCAGUCAGCACUACAGAGCUCAAUGCCGAAACUCACCGGAAUCCAAUAAAUAUUGUAAGGAUCUGCAAAACGUCCUCCUUAAAACAGCGAAAUAAUGCUAAAAGUGAAAACCAAAGGGUAAAUUCGCCAGGAACCCAUAAAGUCAUGUUUGAAAAUGUCCAAUGCAACAAGGGAGUGCAGGUGCAACCAAACAUAACAUCGGCGGGAACGGAUCCAAUAAGGAAACUAUCUAUUUCGACAGUAUCUAAGGUCAAAAGGAAUUCAAAGCAUUUAUUAAGGCCCAAAGACAGGAUCAAUCAAUAACGAUCCAAUAUAUAAAC